AUGUGCAAUUCAUGUGGUAGCGCGAGUGGUCACCCCAAUUUCACUUAUUCAUCAGAUCCUCCCAGUUAUCAACAUCAACAGCAAACCACCAGUGGUUACCAAUAUCCACAUGGGAACCAAAACCUCAGGCCUCCUCCACUCAACACUAGCUAUUCAUCCAGCGGCUACUCUAUGAACCGUACCUCCUCUCACGGCUCAAGCGACUCUGGCUAUGGUACGAAAACCCCUUCAGUGGCUAGCCCAAGACCACAACAGAGCUAUCCAGUCCAGAGCUACCCAGUCCAGAGCUAUCCAGUCCAGAGUUACCCAGUCAUAAGCCAUGUUCCCAGUCGCCAGCUAAGCCAACAGAGUACGAGCUAUUCCCAUGACAAUCAGCGGAGUCCUGGUAUUGAGGUUGUUCAUACUGGUCCUGUAUCCUCUUCAAGGCACAAGAAGGAGCGCAGGCUUAGCACUCCUUCCCCAUCCUCGCCUUCCGAAUAUCCCUGUCUACAUCCCAGUUGCGGCCACAUCAGCUCGCGCGCUCACGACCUCAAACGACACAUGACAGUGCACUUCCCUCCUCCCCCGGACGAACUACUCGAUUGCAAAUAUGAAUGGUGCGGACGCACAGGUGCACACGGCUUCAAGAGAGAAGAUCACCGCAAGGAGCACUACCGGAAGGUCCAUAUGAAGGAGAGUGAGUACCCAAAGACGGGCAAAGGAGGAAGGUCAGGAAGGUCGAGCGGGAAGUCUAAGCCGUGA